GACUCACAAAUGAUUAAGUACCUCUUCGGUUGCGCCGGAGGGAGCGGCUACGGUUCCAGAUCCACCGCCGACCAAGUCACUCAUAACUGCCAUAGUUUAUGCUCCUGCACCGCCAUCAUCACCGGUGCGACUUCCGGGAUCGGAGCUGAGACGGCUCGAGUCCUGGCUAAGCGCGGUGCUCGUAUCGUGAUGCCUGCUCGGAAUCUAAAAUCUGCCGAGGAGACAAAGGCUCGUAUCGUGUCGGAGUUUCCUGAUUCGGAGAUUAUUAUCAUGACUCUUGAUCUUAGCUCGCUUCGUUCCGUCAGAAGUUUUGUUUCGGAUUUUCAAGCUCUUAAUUUGCCUCUUAAUCUUCUCAUAAACAACGCCGGAAGAUUUUCUCACGAUCACUGUAUAUCGGAAGACGGAAUGGAGAUGACGUUUGCAACUAAUUACCUAGGUCAUUUUUUGUUAACGAAAUUGCUGAUGAAGAAUAUGAUAGAGACGGCAAAAGUAACCGGCAUACAAGGUCGUAUAGUGAACGUAUCGUCCAGCAUCCAUACCUGGUUUUCCGGCGACUUGAUUCGUUCCCUCGGUCAAAUAACUCGAGAUGAAAGUCAGUACGAUGCAACACGUGCAUAUGCAAUCUCGAAGCUCGCUAACGUUUUGCAUACCAAGGAACUUGCUCUCAGACUAGAGCAAAUGGAAGCGAACGUGAUUGUAAAUUGUGUUCAUCCUGGGAUCGUUAGAACUGGACUAACUAGAGAUCAUAACGGCUUCGUUACAGAUCUCAUAUUCUUUUUGGCUUCAAAGCUGUUAAAAACAAUUCCUCAGGCUGCUGCCACGACAUGUUAUGUUGCAACUCAUCCAAGUCUAAAAAAUGUGAGUGGAAAGUAUUUUGUAGACUGCAAUGAAGCUUCAGCGUCGAAAGUAGCAUGCAAUGCAGAGGAAGGUGUUCGGUUAUGGUCUUUCUCUGAAAUCAUGGUUUCUAAUGAACCCAAAACAGUGGUUGCCCAUUUCCAUGGAUUAGAUUAAU